AUGAGCUUUCACAACGCUGAUGCUCUCGAGCAACAUAACUGGAUUGGCGGAGGACUCGACGCUUAUAUCUACCGCGUCACUCCAACUAUUGUGGUGAAAACUGUUCGUCGCGACCGAACCCCUGAAGAAAAGGCAGCGGAGCAUCCUUUCCUCAAGGAGAUCUCGUUUUACAAACGUCUUAAUGCGUGCCGUGAUCAAUGUCCGAAUAUUGUUGAAUGCAAUCGCCCUCGCUUCUAUGAACGCCAGGAGCGAGAGACAGGAAUAAAUGGGUUUUAUGGGCGUCUUAUCAGGGUCAAGGAAUUCGAGGAUCCUGCUCUCAUCGCUCGGUGGAUACAACAAAUCACCUCUGCUCUUGAAAACUUCAACUUGAAGCUGACUGAUUUUGGUCGUGCUACCACCAUUGGACAGCCACUUGAAGGCACCUUACCUCCACGAGCCAGACCGAUACUUGCUGGACCAUUGAAAGGCACAUACGGGCUCUGUUCCGCCAGAACUGAACAGUUUGCGGUUGGGACACUUCUAUACUUUAUGGUAUAUGGCCAUGAACCCUAUGACGACAUUAUCCUCAGCGCCGCAGAAUGGGAUCGCCGAUUUUGGGAAAUGGAGUUUCCAGAACUUAGCCGCAAUAAAGUUUUCGAUGGUCUUAUUUCUGCUUGUUGGCACAAUGUCUAUCCUACAAUGGCCUUGCUAGCGUACGACUUCAAGCGCAAGACAAAGGAUAUGAUCGGGAAUACAGAAUACAUCUUUAUUGAUUCUGUAAAGGAGACAAAGACCUGUGAAGCAUUGAUUCGCAAAGGCUUGCUGGGACCUGAGUUGGCUCUCCGCUUUCAGCCGGCCUGGCGAAGAUACCUGCAUGCUAUUGUGAAGAGAAGCAUGUUUAUUUGGCAAUACUUUGUACAAAGAAGAUUCUGGAUCUGGUCUUGA